AGCCGCGCGUGUCGAUCGAGUCCGACUCGCAGGACCUGUUUGUGAACGCGGGCAGCACGGUCGAGGUGCGCUGUGUGAUCGCGCUCACCGUCUCGCCGCCGGCGCACACGUUCUGGUACCAGGACGGCGGCCGGGUGGUGCCCGACGGCGCCCGGCUCCGCGUGCUCAGCCAGCGGUCCAACGACACCACGUCGGUGUCGACUCUGCGCGUGGAGCGCGCCCGUCUCGGCGACUCGGGCAACUACACGUGCGCUCCGAGCAGCCUGCCGGCGGCCAGCGUCCGACUGCACGUGCUCAACGGUGAACACCACGCGGCCAUGCAGGACGGUGUGAGCGCCGGGUGGCCGGCGCGCCGCUCGCCGCCGCUCUGGCCGCUCUGCCUGACCCUGCUGCUGGUGCUGGACGCCCUGUCACCGGCCACCCGGGCCGUCCGACGGCAGGCGACGGACGCUGCCCGCUCCCCGGCGUGAUGGAUGGCCGCGUCGAUCGGUCGGUGGUCCGCGGCUCUGGCGGCGGCGCGCCCGUGACCGCCGCCAGAGCCCACCGCCGCCGCUACCGACGGCCGUACCCCUGGGACGGCCACUCGCCGGGAGAGAGAUGGAGCGCCGACCGGCCGCCGACAGGCCCGUGCACAGGGCGGGACCCCGAGCAGGACUGGUGAGGGGUCUCCCAACUGUUGGUGUCGCUGGGUGACUGUCGAUGGACCAGUUCUGUUGGUGAGGACGGACAGCGAUGGACAGACUCGGGGCGAUGGUAACGUCGCUGACCGGUCGCGUCUGUGGAGCAAAUGAGCGGGGCGGCGGUGGUCGAUAGUUUUCCUCGCGCGCCUGUCGUUACCGCCUGCCGCUGACGACUCGGACUGCUGCGCCGUUUCCGCGGCUGGCUGAGGCCGCCCUCGGUCGGCGACUGUUCGUAUUUGGCCGUGCUCCCGCCGCCGUGUGGCGGGCCAGAGACUCCUGGAGAGCGGCCGUUACCGUGCGCGGCACGUCGCGACAAAUGAGCGGCCGGUGAGCCAGUUAAGCCUCGCUCGCGCCGGACACUGGCGUCCAAAUGGCCGCUGUCGUCAAUCAGCUGGGGUAGGUGAGACGGUGAGACGGCGCCCGGCAGACCGCACCGGAGCCGAUGGGCCGACACGAGACUCUAAUGAAAAGUUGGCAGGUCUAGGACGGCCACGUGCAGGUCUGGGACGGCCACGUGCUGUGAAAUGAAUUGAAAACGGCGCUGUUCAGGCGCAGUGAAACUCAAACAGGUGAGAUGUAAGAUGUGAGAGGGCGGUGAGAUGUUAGCUCUGAAAAAUCAUGUGGAGAGGAGACUUCAUGGGGCUAAUGUAAGCGUCCAAAAACAAUGGUUCUGGCUAAGGAAUACUGUUCACAGAAUUCUGCGAACGGGUUUUGGUGUUAUCAUGUGCAUGUUCAAGAUGUUUCAGUGUGAGCUAAACGGUGGUCGUUACUGAAACUUUCGACUAAAUAAUGUUACAAAUUUGUCCAGCAAGAUAAUCAUGAUAAUGGGCUUUGGAAUCGGCCGAGUUUGUUGUUACACUGUUUCCCGGUCGCUGAAUAUGGUGCUGAGCUGGUUCCAUGGUGUUCGAUGGAAAUAAUCAUGUUAUAUCGGGUCCUCCAUGUUCAGAGCGGAGAUUCGGGAUCUAAUGGUAGGUAUGUGUGGUGUGAUGCCAACGGUUC